UAGGACCUGAAGCUCUGAUGUUAAGAACAUGUUUGUAUUAGUUUCACAUUCGUUACAACACUAAGUAAAUGUGAUUAAAUAUUUGGAAACUGAACAUAAAUGAGCUUAAGUUUGAUAUGAUGCCUAUCUGCCACCUCUCUGCACCUUAUCAUCUGAGGAUGGAGUGCAUGUACUCUUUGUUUCUUUAAAAUGUCAAGCUUUUUUCAUGUGUUUCCUAUCAAAAUGAAGCUAAUGAUGUUCAGUUUACAAAUAUUUGGUCACAUUUACUUAAAUGUAAUUAAUAAGAAACUUAUAGAAACUGACAAAAAAUUGUACGAACAAUUGUAUAAUAAGUGACUCCAACCAAAUUUUAGGGCCAUUAUCACCUGGGAGGGGCAUGCUGAAACAUCAGUUUCAGUGCAAUUCUCACCUGGCAGGGGCAUGUGGAAUGCUGCAACCUCAUUGGCUAGUUUGAAUCCAGGCCCAGGGUUAAAUAGAGACCAUAUGGUCAGUUCAGAUCAUCCUUGGAUACAGGUAACUGCUAUCUUCUGGACAACCUGGUUUGUUUUAGACCACAUCACAAUUUUUUCUUCUAGUCAACGAACUUCUCUUCUGAAAACUUGACAUGGAUUCUGAAGGGUGAGUAAUUUCUGUGUUAAGCUGUCUUGUUUUUGUUUGUUAAAAGACUUAAAGUCUUGUGUUUCCUUUCAAAAUUAAGCACAAUGUUCAGUGAUUUGAUCACAUUUACUUACAUUUUAAUUAAUUUAAAACUAUACAAACAUUUUUUCUAAGAUAAAUCAGUUUUUCAGGGCCUAACAUUCAAACCAGCAAAAUGGUGGCUGCAUUCCCCUCACCCCAGCCAAGGUGUGGCCUUCCGAACAAUGGCAUUGGCUAGAACUAUGCAAACUUAUUUUUAUUUAUUAAAAAUUAAGUGAGUUGAUGCUUAAAACAAGCAAAAUUAUCUGUGAAUGGGGUAAGAAAAGUGAAACAAGACAAAAAUACUACUAGUGAAAUAACCUUUAUUUUUUUGUACAUACAGAAAGUACCACAGCAGGAUCUACUUCCUCUGCCCGAUCUGCAGGAAGGCUCCGCGUACUCUUCCUGGGCAUCUCAGGACGGUGUGCAUGCAGGGCAGGGCUGAGGACAACAUCCAAGCCACUGUACUCUAGUCCAAAAAGGAGAUGGCUGAGUUCUCCCAGAACGGGCGCUUCUGGGAGUACCACAGACUUCUGGAGAUUUUUGGAGCGGCUAAUCCUCUUGCCAGUAUGUUAGAGGAAAUGGAGAAGAAGGGCUUGGUGGUGAGGAACAUUCCUCCUAUCAUUCAUGAGCCAGCUUCUUAUGGUCGGCGUGCUAGCUCCACCAGACAAGCUGAGAGAGAGAUGCCAGCUGCUGUGGAAGAACCAGAGCCGGAGAACGACGAGAACAUUAAGGAGCGCUAUCAGAGCAAUGGGCCACGGUGGAGCGUUGAUGUCCGGGUGGAGAUGGCGAAAAAGGGCCUUUACAAAAAGCACUCCAUCAAACAUGACCUUCUGGAUGGUUUUUACCACUAUCUACGAGUGGACUUGGAAAACCGUAGGAGCAAACAAGAGGUGGAAAAUGUAGCGAGGUUCCUGUACUUCAUGGACCCCAAGGAGCCGAGUCUGUUGUUUGUUCACGACAUGGAGAAGGUGCGGGAGUACUUUAAUAUACUCACCGUAACCAAGCUCGCCAAACAAACAGUCUUGAACUACUGGAAAAGUCUCAAGAGGUUCAUGAGGUACACCCUCACAUCAACCAACCUGCAAAAAGAGGACCCAAGUCUGUUCUCUGAUUGUAAACGCUUCAUGGAUCCUUUGGAGGGCAUAUGCACCGGUAUGUCUAAGAAGAUCAACAAAGAGCUGAACCAGAAAAGGUACAAUGGUUAUGGUAAGGAGAAGCAGCUGACAGACUGUGUGGCCAUUCUUGAUGUGGCCCGUGCUGAUUUCCUCGAGGUCAUUGAGAAACUCCAGGGUCGUAAGGCAGUUUCUGCGGAUCGACUGGAAAAGAACGACCGUCUGCUGGUCCUCUACUACCUGGAGGCCAUCGUCAUCCUCAGGCACCUACAGCGCCCUGGCGUUCUAACCAACAUGACCGUUGAGGAAUGGCAGAGAAGGAGACCCUUACAGAACGGCUGUUCUGUGGCCGUUAAAGAACACAAGACGGCCGCAUCACAAGUGGCAGAAAUCCCACUGACUGCUGAACAUGAACAUUGGUUUAGCAUAUACUUCAAACACAUUCGGCCAGUGAUGCUCCAGGGAUCCGGGGCAGAGGGCAACAGCACAGCAGAGGGCCACUUCUUCAUUCGAGCACGGGAAGGCCCAUCUACAACCCCAGCAACGAUUUGGCCAGACUCCAUUCAAAGUACAACCUUACACCCGUGAGCAGCUGUGAUGCCAGGGUGGCCUUUGAGACGGCAGCAAAGAACCUGCCGGAGAUUCAGCGUAAUGCGGUAGCUCGGUUGUUGGGAUACACCCCGGAGACUACCG